CCCCAUCCUCCCUCACUCUCUCUCUCUCUCUAGCUCUUUCUCUCUCUAAGUGGUGGUGUGGUGUGUGGUACGGAAGAAGAUGAAGAGGCUCAUCCGACGGCUGUCCCGAGUGGCGGACUCCUCCCAGUACAGCCUCCUCCGCUCGGAGUCCAAGGCGGCGAGGCGGCCGCGCAAGGCCGAGUCCUUCAGGGUGGCCGCGGCCUCGGCCACCAAGAUGCGGCGGUCGGGGGCGGCGGUGCCGGAGGGGCACGUGCCGGUGUACGUGGGGGAGGAGAUGGAGAGGUUCGUGGUGUGCGCGGAGAUGCUGAACCACCCGGUCUUCAUAGGGCUGCUCAACAGAUCGGCGCAGGAGUACGGGUACGAGCAGCAGGGGGCCCUCCGCAUCCCCUGCCACGUCGUCGUCUUCGAGCGCCUCCUCGAGUGCCUCCGCCUCGGCCACGACUCCCAGGAUCUGAUCAGCGCUCUCUCCCUCGACGACUCUUGCUUCUAGCCCUUUGCUUUUCCCCCAUUCCCUUUUCUUCUUUUUUUGGCUGAGGUUGUGGAGGAUAGAUCGAUGUAGGACAGAGGAGAGAUCUCGUCACGGAUGUGCAGAUCUCGUUUUUCCUUUCUUUUGUUUCUCUCUUUUUUGGGCUUGUCCUGUGUACAGAAGCCAGGACUGUUGAAGGCAAAUCAAUCUAGAAGUAGUAGACUGAUGAAGGAACAUUUGGAAACUCCCCUUUCGCUCGAUUUCA